UAAUUCAAAAUGGCAAUAAUUUAAUAAAAUAUUUAAAUAAUUUGCCCAUGCUUAUAUUUAUAUCAUCAACAUAUCAUCUAUGUUACUGAAUGUAUCAUGUUUACUCACAUAUUUCUAUUCACUGUCUUUCAUUAUAAUAAAAUCUAAAAGUAAUAUUUAAAUUUGUGGAUUUCAUGUAAACCUAAUGUAAUUCUCACUGUCAGGAACACGGCUGUAAAAUCAGUAUUAAAUGGGGGGGGGGCUGUUCCAGUUACCAUAGGGCAAGAGGUGGGAUACAUCCUGGACAUGUCGCCAGCUUGAACCACAGAGAGACAGACAACCAUUCGCACUCACAUUCACAACUAUGGGCAAUUUAGAUUGACCUAACUCCACUAACUGCAUGUCUUUGGACUGUGGGAGGAAGGUGGAGUACCUGGAGAGAACCCACGCAAACAUGGGGAGAACAUCCAAAGUCUACAUAGAAAGACGACAUAUUUGUACAUAUAUCGGUUUACUUUAAUCUGCCAGACUGCGGAGGGCAGUAAUGGGAUGGGACUAACUUAGUUAUUACUUAGAAGAAGAAGAGGGUUAGUCUGGAAGUGCUGCCGGGUAGUCCAUUCUCAUGACUGUAGUCACCUAGGGGAGGAGGCUGUCAGAAGGUAUUUACUUGUCAGGAUUUACCCUCUGCUCUUUCAGUUGUUCUGUCACCGUCUGCAUUUCUCAGUCACUGGAUACAGAUCCCUGAAUAUUGAAAAUGGAUCAACAUGCGGAUCCUCCAACGAGAGAUAACAACACAGAUAACAACACCACAACUGAAUCAACAGAUCCUCCUCAGAGGUUCACAAGAAAAGAGAUUCUCACCUUAAUAUCAGUGGCAUCUGUGAACUUUGGCUCUAUGAUUUGCUACUCAAUAUUAGGCCCAUUUUUUCCCACCGAGGCAGUGAAGAAAGGAGCCAGUCAGACUGUAGUUGGUCUCAUAUUUGGGUGUUAUGCUGUCUCCAAUUUAAUUAGUUCAUUGGUACUGGGAAAAUAUAUUGUCCAGAUUGGUGCUAAGUUCAUGCUUAUUGCAGGACUUUUUGUAUCAUCGUGCUGCACUAUUAUAUUUGGGUUUCUUGAUCGGGCUCCUGCAGGACCUAUAUUCAUCAGUCUGUGCUUUGUUGUGAGGUCGCUUGAUGCUGUCGGCUUUGGCGCUGCUACAAUGUCUGCUUUCGCCAUCACAGCAAAAAUAUUCCCAAACAAUGUGGCAACUGUUUUGGGUAUUUUGGAGAUUUUUGCAGGACUCGGCCUUAUCCUGGGACCACCACUGGGAGGGUGGCUCUACCAGACUUUUGGAUACAAUGUCCCUUUUUUGUUUCUUGGAUGCUUGAUGUUGAUUAUGGUUCCUUUCAACAUUUAUGUCCUGCCAUCCAUUGAGGCAGUCCCAUCGAAGGAUUCAUUCUUUCGACUACUCACCCACGUGAAAACAAUCCUGGUUUGCUAUGUGAUAUUCACUCUGAGUGCAGGUGUGGGCUUUUUGGACGCCACUUUGUCACUGUUUGCUAUUAACAGGUUUGGUCUCUCAAAUGGCUACGUGGGACUAAUAAUGCUUGGUUUGCCUUUAGUGUAUAUUCUGGCAUCACCGCUGAUGGGGUAUUUCACAGAUAAAUAUCCUGCUACUAGGGUCGCUUUCUUGGUGACAGGUGGCAUUGCUGCUACAAUUGGCUUCUGUCUGCUUGGUCCCGCCCCUUUCCUUCACAUCCAGAGUCAGCUGUGGUUGCUGGUCGUCAUGCUUGGUCUAAUUGGGUUUUCUCUGGCAAUGAGUGUAAUCCCCACGUUCCCUGAGCUCAUUUCAUGUGCAUAUGAAAUAGGAUUUGAAGAGGGGCUAAGUACACUUGGAAUGGUGUCCGGGUUAUAUGAAGCAGUGUGGUGCACUGGGACGUUUUAUGGCCCCAUUGUGGGAGGAAUUAUUGUUCAACAUCUCAGCUUUGAAUGGGCUGCUGUAGUCCAAGGAGGGUUGGCAUUUUUGGGUGCAUUUCUCCUCUUCGUGUAUUCUCUCUGUCAACGGACAAAACGACAAAGGGUCCAAGAAAACAGCCAAGAAGCAGAUGAAAGAACCCCUCUCCUAUGAUCCUGUGUUCCAGCUCCAAGUUACACAACUUUUUAAACAUCUUAUCAGUCAUUAUUUGUUAUCGGGCUGAUAUUGUUUUAAUGUUGUGUCUUUUAGUUAUUUUUAUCUGGUCCUAGGGCAUGUGCUAUAGUGGGAACUGCCUAAGAGGUAUUUUAAGAAAAAAGCUAGAUACAUUCAUGGAGUGGGACCAGCUGCAUUCCCAACGGGUUCCCAGAUAUAUUUGAUCAUUUAUUUGGGGAACAACAUGCACAUUAAAAUGUAAACAACAAGUUAGACUCCCAUGCAGGUAUCCACAGACACAAACACCUGCCAAAGUACUUUAAACUGCCUUGUAAUAGUUUCUCCAACACUGCCAUGAUGACUCACACACAAUAACACCAGCCACCCACAGUUUGGUUAGUAAGAAUGAGUUUUUAUGGCCAGUGGCUUAAAAGUAAAGCA